AUGGUAAUUUACGGUGUGUACAUCGUCUCUAAGUCCGGUGGACUCAUAUUUAAUUAUGACCACAACAUUCCACGUGUUGAAACCGAGAAAACGUUUGGAUAUCCCCUUGAUAUUAAAUUACAAUAUGAAAAUAAGAAAGUUGUCGUCGCAUUUGGACAAAGAGACGGAAUAAAUGUGGGACAUGUUUUGCUGUCUGUAAAUGGAUCCCCUGUCACCGGCCGCACUACAGAAGACGGAAGAGAUGUAUUCGAAGUAGUAGAAAUAAAAGAAAAUUACCCAUUAAGUCUGAAGUUUGGCCGAGCACGAGCAACAACUAAUGAGAAAAUAGUAUUAGCUAGUAUGUUCUACCCACUGUUUGCCCUCGCCAGCCAGCUCAGUCCUGUACCCAAGUGCUCGGGUAUUGAGUCUCUAACAGCGGACACCUUUAAAUUGUCUUGUUUUCAAACUUUGACAGGCGUAAAAUUCAUAAUAGUGACAGACCCAAACAUGCAAGGGUCAGAAGUUGUUCUCAAGCGAAUCUACGAGCUAUAUUCUGACUACGCGCUCAAAAAUCCCUUCUACUCCCUCGAAAUGCCUAUCAGGUGUGAACUGUUCGACACUUCACUGCAUACUCUACUGGAACUGGUCGAGAAGUCUGGCACAGGGAACUUAUAA